AUGUAUUUCGAAUGGUCCUCAUUACUCAAGGAAGUAUCCCCUUCAUUUUGGGGAUAUUUGGGUAUAUUUUUUUCUUUAGGACUUUCUGUAUUUGGAGCAGCCUCUGGAAUACUUCUUUGUGGACCCUCAAUUAUGGGCGGAUCGGUCAAGUCACCUCGCAUUACUGUUAAAAACCUUGUGUCUGUUAUUUUUUGUGAAGCAAUUGGAAUAUAUGGUUUAAUCAUCUCAGUUUUACUUAUGAACAUAGCAUCACGCUUUACCGGAGAACCUGCUCCUACCAAUUACAUAAUGGAUAGAAAGGCCACAGAGUUGUAUUUUAAUGACCUUUUUCGGGGAUAUGCCAUGUUUGCUGUUGGAUUAAUAGUUGGAUUCUCAAAUUUGGCUUGCGGUAUAUCUGUCGGUGUUGUCGGAAGUGCUUGUGCCUUGGCUGACGCUCAGAAGCCACAGCUUUUUGUAAAGGUUCUAAUGGUUGAAAUUUUUGCAAGUGUAUUAGGUAUAUUCGGUGUCAUUAUCGGUGUAAUUAUGGUGUCGUUGACACCCUGA